UCAGCGAAGGUCCCGGAGGGUCCCUGGAGCCCAGGCAGGAGCGAGUCACAGGCAUGGCGUGCACUGUGGGGCCGGAGCCCCUGGGCGACGGUGGCGGGUCAGAGAGGCCCAAGUGGGACAACAAGCUGCAGUACCUUCUGAGCUGCAUCGGGUUUGCCGUGGGCCUGGGCAACAUCUGGAGGUUCCCGUACCUCUGCCAGACCUACGGGGGAGGGGCCUUCCUUAUUCCCUACCUCAUCGCCCUGGUCUUCGAGGGAAUCCCGCUCUUCUACGUCGAGCUGGCCAUCGGCCAGCGCCUGCGGAGAGGCAGCAUCGGGGUGUGGACGGCCAUCUCGCCCUACCUGGGUGGAGUGGGGCUGGGCUGUGUCACCGUGUCCUUCCUGGUCAGCUUGUACUACAACACUGUCCUGACGUGGGUGCUGUGGUAUUUCCUCAACUCUUUCCAGUCCCCGCUCCCCUGGAGCUCCUGUCCACUGGACGUCAACCGCACAGGGUUUGAGGCCGAGUGCCAGGCCAGCAGUACCGUGAGCUACUUCUGGUACCGGCAGACGCUGAACAUCACAGCUGACAUUAGCGACAGCGGCUCCAUCCAGGGGCGGCUGCUGGCCUGCUUAGCCGCAUCCUGGGCAGUUGUGUACCUGUGUGUCAUCAGAGGCAUUGAAUCCACGGGGAAGGCAAUUUAUUUCACAGCCCUGUUCCCGUACCUGGUCCUGACAAUUUUCCUUAUCAGAGGACUCACCCUGCCCGGGGCGGUCGAAGGGUUAAUCUACUUGUUCACGCCAGAUGUGCAGAUUCUCCAGAACCCCCGAGUGUGGCUGGACGCAGCCACGCAGAUAUUCUUCUCACUGUCCCUGGCCUUCGGAGGACACAUUGCUUUUGCAAGUUAUAACCCACCCAGGAACAACUGUGAGAAGGACGCAGUGACCAUCGCCCUGGUCAACAGCAUGACCUCCCUCUAUGCCUCCAUCGCCGUGUUCUCCGUCUUGGGAUUCAAGGCAGCCAACGACCAUGGGCGUUGCCUGGACAGAAACAUCCUCCACCUCAUCAAUGCGUUCGAUUUCCCCGACCAGAGCAUCUCCAGGGACGACUACGCAGCCGUCCUCACGCACCUGAAUGCCUCCCAGCCCGAGAGGGUGGCCAGGCUCCAUCUGGAGGCUUGCCACCUGGAAGACUUUCUGGAUAAGAGCGCCUCAGGCACGGGCCUGGCCUUCAUCAUCUUCACGGAGGCCAUCCUCCACAUGCCGGGGGCCCCCGGGUGGGCCGUGCUGUUCUUCGGGAUGCUGUUCACCUUGGGCCUGUCCUCGAUGUUUGGGAACAUGGAGAGCAUCAUUACGCCACUCCUGGACAUGGGGCUUACGCACAGAUCCAUCCCCAAGGAGGUCCUGACAGGGCUGGCCUGCUUGCUAUGCUUCCUCUCGGCGAUCUGCUUCACGCUGCAGUCGGGAAACUACUGGCUCGAGGUGUUUGACAACUAUGCCGCCCCUCUCAACCUCAUCAUCUUUGCCUUCCUUGAGGUGGUCGGGGUCGCUUAUGUUUACGGGCUGCAACAGUUCAGUGACGACAUAGUGUGCAUGACCGGGAGGCGACCUAGCCUCUACUGGCGGGUGACGUGGAAGGUUGUCAGCCCACUGCUGUUGCUGACCAUUUUCGUGGCCUACAUUGCCGUUCUGGUCUGGACGCCGCUGAGCUACAGGGCCUGGAACACCCAAUACGCACGGUUCCCCUCACGGCAGGAGAAGUCCUACCCAGGCUGGGUGCAGGCCACCUGCGUCCUCCUGUGCUUCUUGCCUGCACUGUGGGUUCCAGGUGUUGCCCUUGUCCAGCUGCUCGCCAAGCACAGACGGAAGCAGAAGGACACCUGGCAGGACAGACGCCCAAAUCUGCAGGAUGGAGGGGCCUCCUGAGGGCUGGGCCGGGGGUGGCAGGGAGGGCCAGCCUGUGUGCCGCUUGCCCACCAACAGCCAGACCCCAUUACACACUUGCCCAGACCCCAAGGACCGUGGUUGCUGCUUCCCCACGUCGCUGCACCCCCCAGACCUGGCUCAUAGCACGGCCCAGCUCCAUCACCACAGUUUGCGCGGUCUCUCCAGAGCGGGAGAGCCUGGUGUUCAGCUCCUGGCGCCCCGCAGCCUGGGGUGCUACAUGAUGCUGUCUGGGUGGCCAGAUGCUGCACUCAGUGAACCCAUCUAAGGGCAGAGGGCAAGCAGGCCCAGUGGCCAAGCAGGCCAGCAGAGUGGCCUCCGAGGAGGCUCCCAUCCAUGCCCUUUGCAGCUGGGGGCCUGGCACACAAGGGUUGAGGGGAUCUGAAGGGCGAUCUCCAAGGAAAAGUGGAGGCUAUCCCCUUGAUGAGCUGGAAGGGAAGUCCCUUUCUGCGCCUGGAGUGCUCAGGUCAUGGGCAGGGUCUGUAGUGACCCAUACUGACAGGACCUCUCGGGUAGCAGGGACACGGGUCUGCGUCCAUGCCCAGGCCCAGGCAACCCAGUGUGCAGGGCGUCCUGACCAAGCCCGUGGCCUGGCCACUCCUAGCCCAGGACAGGUCUUCCCUACAUGAGCACAAGGUCUGGCUGGAGCCGCAGCCCACGUCAGGGCGCCGGCCACUCUCCUGACCUUAUUUCUGAGCAACACAGCCCUUUGUUCUUCAGACAUUCUCUCAGAGCCUCAAAUGUGGGUCUAGAAGUUACAAAAAGGCUGAUUAUCAUUCAGGCUCCGAAGGUCUCCAAAGGAGCAUUGACCUCACUCCAUACUAUGCCCCGCUGCAGCCUCAGUGGGAGGUGCUUCCUCAUCCAGCUCCAGCGCACUCACCCCUCCACCUGCCCUCCUGCGCAGCCCUCCCUCCCUCCUCAUCCAUCCAUCCAUCCAUCCAUCCAUCCAUCCUUAUGUCCAUUCAUCCAUGUAUCCAUCCAUCUCCUCCUCCCUCUCCCCUCUAUCCAUCCAUCAUCUGUCCAUCCAUCCAUCCGUCCAUGUACCCAACCAUCUCCUCUCCCCCUACUUCCCUCCCUUCCUCUCCUCCCAGCUCUCCUCCAUCCUCUCUCCCUCAUCUGACAACACUGUGACUCAGGAACGCUGAGUCGCCGGCUGGGCCCUGAUACACGGGUGUGCUUCUGACUUGUCCCACCCACCCCCUGAGACCGUGGAUCAAACCUCAGGAAGACCCGAGACAGGGAACCAUCCCGAGCGGGGCGAGCACUGUCCAGGGUGCUGAAGAACCCCAGUGACCAAAUAUCCCGGUCCAGGUGAGCAUGUUGGGCUGCCCUCGUCACAGGCAGCCCUGAGCCAAGUACACAGAUGCACCUGCACUGCUGCCCCCCUAAGAGGAGCGGAGUCAGCCAAGUGCCCUCCAAAGUGUGCCCUGGGCCCCAUGGGUAGUGAGUCCUGUACUUUGCCUCCUGUGCUGUGACCCAUGGCUUGUGGCCCCUUCCUCCAUCGAAAAACCAGCAAGACCACUGAGUCUUUCUCCCCCAUGCCUCUCUGCCACCCCCUCUUCACCCUGUGAUCACCCUGGGUAUACCUGGAUAACUCAGGAUGCUCUCCCCAUCUUGGGGUCAACUGAUGAGCCACCUGCACCCAUAAUCCCAUAAUUCCCCUCUGCCAUGUCAGGUAAUACUCACAGGUUCUGGGAUUAGAAUGUGUGUGUCUUUGGUGGGGGUCCUUAUUCCACUUCCCAAGAGCCUGGGUGGUUCUGAGUCCACCCAAGUUUGGGAAGCCCUUUACAGUGUCCAGGUGCCAAGCACCAGCCUGGGGAUGUGGCAGGUGAGGACCUGGGGCUGGGGGGGGGGUGGCAGGGAGUAACUGCUCAGCACUCUGGGAGGUCCUGGGGGCACCAGCUAUGCCUCCUCUUGAACCUGAACUCCAUCUUGAACACUCAUCUUGAACUCUGCCGCCUACACAGUCCAGGAUAUACCAGUCAAUGAGCCUUUGUAACAUGCAGCUUGGAUCUAGGGAAGGCCAGGAAACUAGGUUUUAUCUUUUGCUUUAAACAUCUUAUUUUCAAAUUCACCUGGAGUUUGGCAGGACACACACUGGUUUUAGAAAGAGAUAAACCAGGAAGAGUUGUUAGUGAAUUGAGCCUAACCAAUAGGUCUCCUCAAGGCUUUAACAGGUGUAAGAACAGGUGAUCCAGAGUAAAAUGCCAACAGAAUGCCUCUAUCAGAGAAUCAGGACUCUGGAGCUUGUGGAGAACCUCUAGGGUCUGGUCUGUGAUAGAAAUGCCAGAAUCAGGCCCCUGGGGUGUGUGAGCAGAGGCGGGCCAGCGGUGGGUCAGCUCAGGUGCCUGGUGUGGGGUCCCGGCGGUGUCCCCAUGCAUUGUCUUCCCCACCAGGGCAGGUCAGCCCUCCCUCCGUUUAUGAUGCUGUGGCCACUAGCAUGGCCAGCUCAGCGUGCGGGUUGGGUGGGGCCCCAUUCUGCACUGCUCAUCUCCGGUGCAUUUAUGACCGUGGACUUGGGUCUGCCAUAAAGCGAUCGUCAGCUCAGUCACUGGGACGCUCCGCACAGAAGCAGCAGUAAACAGGGCAAUAUCCAUAAACCCCGACAGCAGAUGCAUGUAUGCCUGGAAAAUUUGGGCUACGUUAGCACCAACCCCAUCCAAGGUACACUUGAUGGCAUCCCACCAUGUCAUGUGGCCCCAUCAGGGACGUCCUGGAAGGAAGCCUUGGCAACUGCUUGGCUAUGGGCCUUCCCGCUGUAACAGGGGACAGGGCUGAGAGGCGGCUCCCUGGCAGCCCCUUUCUUCACAGGCUACAUACACCCUGUUUGGGCUGCUCCCUUCUGCUCUCUGGGCAAUCCUUGCAGCUCUUUCCAUCUGUUCAAGGACGUCAGUCCAGCACCCUGCGUAGCACCCCCUCCCUGGCACACUGCAGCCCUCCUCCCCCCGGUGGUCUGGAAGGACACAUGAGCAUCUCCCACACGUGGGCUCAUCCUCAACCGAGAUGGAGCCAGGGAAUAGCUCACUUGUCCUGAGAAAGCACAUUCUGUCUCGGAGCACCUCACAGGGGCUGUGUGGCUGAAGUGGCCUGUUAGGUCAGGCCCUGGCAGGGCUCCUGACCCUUCACUUUCAAACAGGUCCCUCCAUGAGCUCAGGCCACUUCCCUGGUGGCUUCAGACAUGACCCCACAAUGAUGUCGUCUACCCACCUCCAAACUCCUAACCCUGACUGUGAAGCCACCACUGAAGCUGCCCAUCUUCCCUGCAGCAGUUCUCAGCAUGGGUGCCCCUGCCCCCCAGCAUCAUUUUGGAACUCCCUACAAGGGCAAACCCAGGCCCCUCCCCAGAUUUGCCAAACCAGAGAUGUGGGGGAGCACCUGCGUAGCUCAAGCCCCCAGGGACAGCUCAGGCUGAUAACCAGCACCUCAUCCCCCAGCGCCCCUGAGAACCCCACCUCUCCCAUAAGUUCCAUCUGAGCUACCCUGCUGCUGUGGGCUGACCCCCUUCUUGCCACAACUUGUGGGGUCACUGGUUGCCCCCACCCCAAGGCCCUGACACAUGGUCCUGAGCAGAGUACCACACCCAAACAUGGCCCUUCCUGUGGCCCCUCCUACUGUCCCCCCACCUGGAAGGCUCCCAGGUGCACAAGCAGGAUCCUUUGCAGAGCUCGCCCCUGGGGACCUGCUCAAACAGCUCUGCCUAGAGUCCAUCCCCACAACCCCUGCUCCCAGGCUGAGGCGCUGCUGGGCAACGCGUCUGCACUGCAUGAGCAGGGCCUCGGAGCUCAGCUAAACAGACAUGACAGUAUGUGAAUGAAUGAAUGAAUCCUACAACGGUCAGGAUGUGGAUGGCAGAGGGACAGGGCCAUCCCCAGGAGUCAAAGCGGACAGAUGGACAUGCACUUCCAUCUGCCCAGGUCCAGAGUACAGGAGCAGGAGCCUAACAGCCCAGAGGGAAGGGCCAGGGCUAGACAUGGGGCGGCGGGCUACCACCAACCUCCCACCCCCUGUAUCAUUACUCCACCAUCCGCUCCAAGGAGCCAUCCAGGAGAUCACGUGGAGAGGGGAAAUGCACUUAGCAGGGAACCGUGUGUCCCGGGCCACAGGCUCUUCCAGGGUCCACAGCACAGUAGGAGUCAGCUGUAGGUGGGGUGGAUGUCAUACUGCACCUGCUCCAGGGGUGCCCUUUACUACCACCCCCCCAA